UCUAUUCGUAGGCGGGCAAAAAGCAUAUUCAAAUAUCUUUUUUCUGUGUGUUGGCUGCAUUACGUGAGGAGACAGAUGAUACUGUCACUGUCAGUGUCACCGUCAUUGAGCCGUCACCUGUCCUGAAACAAAACAUUGAAAAACCCAUUUUUACUUAGCAUGGCACCAUAAAAAUCCGAAACUCACCAUUACUAAAGUGCAGUACAUAAAUUAGCAAAAAACCACAAUGUUUGCCAAGCCUUUCAAGGUCAAAUCCAACAACAGCCUUAAGAAUUCAGAAAAGAAACACCUAGUGCAGCGGAUACUAGAUGAAUUUCCAACGGCCACGGAGGAGGUAGCGAAGGAGCUGGUGCACAUGAAAAGCAGUUGCAGCUGCGUGAAGGUGACGGCGCACAGCGGGGAAGUGUUGGACGUAUAUGUGGUAAACGGUGCGGCGUUGCUGCUGGAUGUGAGGGGCGCGCUAUUGCCGACGGUGGCGGCGCUGUGGCGCGCGCCGGGCCUGCUGCCGACGCUCACUGUGCAUGAGCCUGUGCUUACUAAGAUCCAAGGAGGUGCCCCACUGUACCUGCCUGGUGUGGUGAUACCGACCGGGGGCACCGGCUUCCCUGUGUUCGCGCGUGGGACUCCCCUAGCGCUGCGGACUACUGACAAUGCGGCCGCCGCUGCCGUAGGGCGCGCCAUGCUCGCCUCCGGGGAGAUGCUCAUGAAAGUCGGAGGUGUGUGCAUGGAGAUGGUCCACUGGGUGGGAGACACUUUAAGCCGCGAGCCGAAGUUUGGUCGGCUCGAGAGACCCAGAAUAGACCCUGCACUAGCACCAGUCCAGGUCCAAGCUGCUGGUGAUAGGCUUGCUGACCAGUUACACCAGGUGCACAUAAAGCAGGAGGAGUGGCCGGCGCUCGGGCGCGCCCCCGCGCCCGGGGCCCCCGCGGCCCCCGCGGCCCCCGGCGCCCCCGGGGCCCCCGAGCCUCCCGGGCCCCCCGCAGCCCCCGCGGCCCCCGCCGCGGCGCCGGAGCCCGCGCCGCCCCCCCCGACGGACCCGGAGGCGCCGGGAACUGAUAACGCGGAGCCCAUGGAAAGAGAAGACGACGGGAUACCUACAGAUAUGGAUGGAUUGUUGGAAUGGGCGAUGCUGAGCUUCCUUAAAUUACACGCGAAGAGUGUGGAACUGCCACUGCUCUCCAGUCUGCUAUAUAGGAAUUAUUUGCUGCCUCUCUGUCCCCCGGAUCGAACGAUGGACAUCAAAAAGUCUUCCUAUAAAAAAGUGGGAAAGUUCUUAGAAGCUAUGCAAAAGGAGGGCUACCUCCAAGUCCGCGAGGUGGAGAAGGGCGUGGACGCGGUGACGGCGCUGAACGCGCUGCACCCGCGCGUGCGCAGCCACGCCCCGCCGGCGGCGGCGGCGGCGGGCCCGGGCCCGGACGAGGACGGCGGCGCGGAGUACUCGCCGCCGCUGGUGCGGGAGAUGUUCUCCGUCACCGCCGCCGCCUCCGCCCUGCUGGCGCUCAAAAAGGGCACCCUGCUGUCUGCAGCCGAGCUGCGCGCCUCCCUGACGGAGUACGUGAAGGCGCGCGCGCUGACGGCUCCUGCACACAAGGGAGCCGUCGUGCUGGACGCCGCGCUCGCCAGGGCUCUGCAGGCGCAGCCACAGGAGAUCAUGAAAUGGGACGCGCUGAUGGCGGGCGUGCAGGCCAGGCUCACGCCGUGCACCGAGAUGCGGUUCGCCGACGGCAGCUCCAAGCUUACCAAGGCGAAGCUGGACCCCAUUCGGAUGCAGGUCGUCAACCGCAGCGGGAAUAAGAAGGUGACGCUAGUAUCUAACCUAGAGGCGUUCGGCUUCGGCCUGGCGGAGCUGGCGCGCGCCUGCCAGCGCGGCGCGGCGGCCUCGUGCGGCGUGGCGCGCGCGCCCGGCGCCCGGGCCGACCAGCUCAUGCUGCAGGGCGACCAGCAAUACUAUGUGGCCAGGCUACUGAUAGAGAAGUACGGCCUACCCAAGAAGUUCGUAGAAGGAGCUGAUAAGGCACUCAAGAAGAAGAAGGGCAGCUAACCCUCGCACCACAUUGACCACUUCUGACCCCGUGAUACUAACUGUGUAAGAAAGGAUCAAUAAAAACCUGAACUUCUUAAA